AUGACGUCCAUAGUAAGAAUCCUCCCUCCCGUGCUUGCCCUACAGGCUGUCUCCUCCGACACUUCGACGUCCUCUGUCUCGCGCAUUGCCUUAUGUCUUGCGCACUAUUGCGACACCCACGGUCCGACGCCCUUGAUGGUCACCGAGGCCCUACCCGUGGGUUGCACAACGUGCUUCGAAGAAGGCUCUGAAUUUACAAAGGAGUUUGGGUCCCGGAGACCUAGCACAAGCACGCGAUCGUUGAACCCCUCGGAUGGUGUGGCCAGGGGAGUUCGCGGCGGCGCAACCAGAACCAAUUCCACCGCAUCCGCAUCUUCGGAUAACAAGGAGAAUGAUAUCGAGCCCACCGGCCUCGGCCUGUCCAGCUCGCAGGCCGUAUACUCCCCAAUCGAGUCGCCGACGCCCCCUGGAAGCCCAAGAGUGGCAGCGCUACAAGGCGGACAGAAUGGGAACCAUCGCAGGCGCGACUCGAGCUUCCGCAAGACGUACGAUGAGAACGACAAACGGAGAGCAAUCCCGUGCGAGAACUGCGCUCUUACUCUGCCGAAGAAAAUGAAGGAGGAUCCCUCUGCAAGUGCAAAGCCUGACAAUAGUAGUCCAACACUGCGAACGCGCAAACCAUACGAACGAGUCUCCGUCCCCAUUGAGGAGCCUUCGCCGCCCAAAUCCGCAUCUGUCUCUGCAACCUCCUCCGAUUCCGAAAACAACCCAAUUACCUCGAAAUCACGCCGCCGCUCCCCCUUCACCCGCGCCGGUACAUCCUCCAGCAGCUCCUCCUUCAGCUCUACGGCCUCCCACGACCACUUCGUAGACUACACCUCCACCCACGAACCCCUAGCACCCACCUCCUUCUCCAUUAUCAGACAAUCCUGCCUACGAACACUCUCCUGCGAGACCCUUCCUCCAUCAUCAUCCACCACGCAAUUCACACACAGCUCUCCUACCUCUCCAUUCAUCAACAGCCCGUUUUCCUCCGGCCCCUCGUCCUCAACGACCACCACCUCGUCAGGAGGCCCAAUAUUCUUUGGCGACCCUUUAGCGGGCUACACAACCGCGUACAUCUUCCGGAUCCCCGACCCGAAUGCGCGGGGGAGGCGCCGUGUUUACGCUCUCAUGGCACUAACAACGCACCGGGAGCGCCUUGCCAUGCAGACGUUCUCCUUCCUCUCCGUCGCUUUCCGCGAUCUUGCAUCCUGGAUCCAGGGCCUCGCUGAAUCGGAACUCGAGCGUUCAGAAGCAGCGAGCUCUCCGCGCGGCACAGCGAACGGUGAUACCGGAAGUGGACGGGGUAGUGGUGGUACGCCUACGAGUUCGUUCCUACAAGGCAGGAACCGAGGUGUAGAUGGGAAGUUUGCGGGAAUGAGUUUGAGAGCUAGGGGAUUGGCGGAACUAGUCGGCUUACCAGACUUUUUUAUCGAGUUGCAUGCGAGAUCUUGUGGCGUCUGGGAUCAGGACUGCGAGUCAGCUUGGAAGGCACACCCCUCUCUCCUCUUUCCAACUGAACAGAAUACAACGAAAGCACAAGGAACACGAAAACGGGACAACGAAAACGAAAACGAGAAGCAAACGACAAAACCCAAAACUGUACACGAGGCGCAAGGCACCGGGGGGGAUCAUCAAUUCAGCGGUUAA